AUGAAUCCCAGAGAUUCCGGCGACGACAGCCCCGGGGCGACGGCGGGUUCGUCUUCGGCGGCCCCGGCGCAGCAGCAUCAGCAGCAAUCGCUCGAGUGGAGGUUCGCGCAGGUCUUCGGCGAGCGCGCGGCGGGCGAGGACGUGCAGGAAGUUGACAUCAUCUCUGCAAUCGAGUUUGAUAAAUCUGGUGAUCAUCUUGCCACCGGAGACAGAGGAGGACGUGUUGUUUUAUUUGAGAGAACAGAUGCUCGGGAUGAGCACGCUAAUCGGAGAGAACUGGAGAGACAGGAUGUUCCAAUUACUAGACAUCCCGAGUUCCGCUAUAAAACGGAGUUUCAGAGUCAUGAACCUGAGUUUGACUACCUCAAAAGUUUGGAGAUAGAGGAGAAGAUCAACAAGAUCAAGUGGUGCCAGACAGCCAACAAUGCACUCUUUCUACUGUCCACAAAUGAUAAGACGAUCAAAUACUGGAAGGUGCAAGAGAAAAAAGUAAAACAAGUUUCAGUUAUGGCUUUGGACACUUCCCGAACUGUAGGGGAUGGUACCACAAGUCGUGCGAGUACCAGUACUUCCGAGCCUCCUCUUCCAAAUGGUGGAUGUUCAAAAAAGUCUGACAGCCUCAACAGUGAUCUCGCAUUUCCACCUGGAGGUUACCCAUCGCUGCGUUUACCUGUGGUUACUAAUCAAGAUGUGAACCUUGUUGCUAGAUGUCGACGUGUAUAUGCCCAUGCUCAUGAUUACCAUAUUAAUUCUAUUUCGAAUAAUAGUGAUGGUGAAACAUUUAUAUCAGCAGAUGAUCUGCGAAUAAAUCUAUGGAAUUUGGAAAUAAACAGCCAGAGCUUUAACAUUGUUGAUGUGAAGCCUACAAACAUGGAAGAUCUAACAGAGGUGAUUACUUGUGCGGAGUUCCACCCCACUCAUUGUAAUACACUGGCCUAUAGUAGCUCAAAGGGUUCUAUCCGGCUAAUCGAUCUGCGACAAUCUGCAUUGUGUGACAACCAUUCCAAGAUAUUUGAGGAACAUGAAGCACCUGGAGCAAGAUCGUUCUUUACGGAGAUAAUAGCAUCAAUUUCAGAUGUCAAGUUUUCAAGGGACGGAAGAUAUCUUCUUAGUCGUGAUUAUAUGACUCUCAAACUAUGGGAUCUAAACAUGGAUUCAGGCCCUGUUUCGACCUUCCAGGUUCAUGAACAUCUAAGACCAAGGCUUUGUGAUCUGUAUGAGAACGAUUCAAUAUUUGACAAGUUUGAGUGUUGUCUUAGUGGGGAUGGACUUCAUGUUGCAACUGGCUCUUAUGGUAAUCUAUUCCGUGUUUUUGGUUCUACUCCUGGUAGCACGGAGGUGACCACUUUGGAAGCUAGCAGGAACCCGAUGAGACGUCAGAUUGCAAACCCGACCAGACCCACGCGGGGGACGCUGACCUCUAUGACCCGUGGUGUGCGAAGAGGUGGGGAAAAUCUAGGUGUUGAUGCCAAUGGAAACUCGUUAGACUUCUCGACGAAGUUGCUCCACCUCGCAUGGCACCCUACUGAGAAUUCCAUCGCAUGCGCUGCUGCAAAUAGCUUGUAUAUGUAUUAUGCGUAG